CAGCAACAUUACAAUAACAAUAAGUUUAGAUCAGAAAAAACAAAAAUUACUGAAUCAGCAUUUACGUAUAUUUAUGUAGAUGAAAAGAAAGAGAGAAAAAUAACUAUUAUAAUUCAUAUCACACAUUACAAAAAGAAAUCAAAAGCAACUUUCCUUGCAUCUGCCUACCAUUUGAUUCAACAUGCUAUCGAAUUCUUAGCUUCGAACAAUUCAACUGAUGUAAAUGAUGUUCGGCGACAUUUAUUUAUGGUUAAUAAUGGCAAGUGUAACUGAAUUUCAACAUUUCAUAGAACAGUUGUUUUAUUAUAGAAUCGAACAGAACAGUAUAUGAUCAACAGUUCAUAUCUUUCAUGUGUGAUUUUGGAGAAGUUUGUGAUAAUGCUGAAAAUUGGUUUACAUGUCGAUUUAUACUAUUGAUUGCAGCACCUAAAAUUAAUUUUUCAAUUUUACAAUCAUUUAUUCUUUACAUGACUUAUUAUCAAUUUGUUCAUGCUCAAUUAUAUACUUCUCAAACAGAUUCAGGUGCCUUAACUCAACAAUCAUCACGUGUCAAAUGUAUAUUUUUAGACGACACAAGUUGA